CUCUCUCUCUCUCUCUCUCUCUCUCUCUCCCUCUCCCUUUGAGAGCAAUGGAGUUCGUUCUCGAGAACCCCCUCAUGUUCUCCGAUGAGGAAGCACUGCACCCGGACUCCAUCUCCAGCCUCUUCGCCGCCGAAAACAAUUGUCUGAUCGCCCAUCACGGAAAUAUUACUCUCUCUGCUCGCCGUGACGCCGCCUCUCUCGCCCAUGAGUUCUCUCCAAGUUUGGGUCGGUCGGUGAUCUACCUCGCCAUCAACUACAUCGAUCGCUUCCUCUCCAAACGAGAUAUCCCGCUGGUGAAGCCGCGGGUGGCAUCUCUCCUCGCCAUUGCCUGCCUCUCUCUCGCCGCCAAAAUGACGAAAAGCGGCUUCUCCCUUGAAGAUCUCCAGGGAACGGACGAACAACCUCAGUUCGCUACGGCGACGAUCGGGUUAAUGGAGAUGGUGGUUCUAAGCGCCCUGGGUUGGCGAAUGCGAUCUAUUACCCCUUUCGCCUUCCUUGACUUCUUCCUCCAUUCCUUCCCGCUCGCCGAUGCCGCUCCCCGCCAAUCUCUCAAGGAUCGAGCGUCCAAAACCCUCUUCCAGGCUCAAAAUGAGGGAAAGUUCUUGGAGUUCAAGCCAUCGGCGAUCGCCGCGUCGGCGCUGCUCGCCGCCGCCUUCGAGCUCUUUCCGACCCACUUCCCCUCGUUCCGCUCCGCUGUACUCUCCUGUGAAUUCGUCGACGAAGAAAACUUGUCGGCGUGCUGCGAUGCGAUGCUGGCAGUGGCGACCGACGGCGGCGGCUCGGAUAAGGCCGGAAAGAACCCGGGCUCGAGUUCCGACUCGCCGGUGACCGUGCUGGGCCGCCGCGACUCCGAGAACGGGAGGGCCGUCGGAUCCUCUGUGGAUGAUCGUGAUGCUAAGAAGACCCAUCUCGCCUAGAUUUCCGGCUGAGCCGCCGCCGCUAUCGGGCUUCGCCGACGACCUAAAGAGACGAGAGCUUUUUUUUUCUUUUUUUUGAGGGGGGGAGGGGAUAUAGAAAUAAAAGCUUCUAUCGGGUAUUUGAUAGCAAGUGCAAUAUUGCGAAAAAGGGGAAAAGAUCUUUUGGAUUUUUAAAUAAUGGUA